AUGCACGUGAAUUGCAAAGAAACAUUAGUGGAUGAGGUGAGGCUGUGUGGAAGUGUCAACAGUUGUCAACUUGGGUGCCAGCCUCCUUCCUCAAAUCAGCUGUGCGACUUCGGCAUCUCUGAUUAUGCCUGCUCUUCGGUCGCAUCAUCUCUUUCCUCUGACAACCUCGUCACACUGCUGACUUGCAAGGCGCCGAGCAGCAUGAACAGCAGCGCAGAGACGUGGAAGUUUUUCUUCCAGAAAGUUGAGGGAAUUCUGGAGACUGCUCUGUCAGCGUACUCCAACAAAAACCUCAGUGGCCAUCAGCCUGAGUCCCAUGUUCUCGAUGCCAUUGGAGAGGUGAAAGUCAACAACUUCCACUCCGCACAACUGACAGAUGUCUGCUUCGUUACCAACUGGUUCGAGGGAAAGCUGAGACCAUUCUUGCCAGCAGUCUCCAGAGACUUCCUUUCCUGUCUUAGCUCCAAGAACUUCAGUUGCGACACGUACCAAGUUGUGGUGCAGGCUCUCAGCCGUCAAGCAUCCCUCAUGGAGGUGGGGAAACCACAGGUCGUCUUCACUGAUUUUAUCCAACCCUUCCUCUCGAGAGAUGACCUAACAGAUCCUGCCUGUCUUGCCAAAACUACGAGCACCGCUGACUGGCUGGAGAAGAACUUUGGCAACUUCUCAGUCUACGCUACCUUGAAGGAUUUGCAAAAGCUGAAUGAAAAUGUCUCCAGCUUUGAAUCGUUGGAACUGCUGAGCCCUACCCAAGUAGCUGAACUGACACUGAGCUCCGGAGCGCUGAACGACACCAAUCAGAUCCACGCUGUGUUCGACCGCCUGGAGGAUGGCGGCGCUUUCAAGAACGUGGAGGAGUUUCUGACGGAGCUAACAGCAACUUCUCAGAUUCCCGAUAUCACCCCUGCUGUGAGAGACGUGAUGAUGAACCGAACCUUCGUAAUCAUUGAACUGAAGUUCCAGCAAUUUGUGGCUCAUGACUGGGAAGUGUGGUUCACCGUGAAGCUCAUCCCUAUCCUCCCCAGUUUCACCGCCGAAAUGCUGCUUAAGGUCACAGCUGGCGUCAACUGCACCAACUACCAUGUGAUCGUUGAGGGAAUGGGAGAUGUUUUCCACAACAUGACAUUCACCAGGAGGCAGGAGAUAACCAGGAUUCUGGUGGAGCGCCUGAAGGAAUUUGCCGUCCAAUUCAACAAUCCAGGUAGACCUUCCAGGACGGGUUUUGUGUGCUGGCUUCACAGCAGUGCACCGGCGCAGGCUGAUCUUCUUCCGCUCUUAUCUUUAAAAACAGAUUGCAGAAAGGACAUCGGAAACGAUACUGAGUGGCUUGGCAUCAACUUGGGUCCAUUCACCACGGUGGCCAAUUACACAGACCUCAAGGAGCUGAACAUCAGCGGGCUGGCAGCUCUGGAAUCCCUGUCACCUGACCAGAAAGCAGAGCUGCUGUUGGAUCCGUCCACCGGUGCUCUUGAAAAUGUGACCGUGGUGAAGGAGGUGUUGAACAGCAUCCUAGAAUCCUCAGACGAGGGGCAGCUAGAGAGAUUCUUUGAAACGUUCGUGGAGGUCAGCAAGGAGGAAAACAUCACCUACAUCGCCAACGCGGACGUCCGGGACGCAAUACUGAACCUGACUUUGACGGCUCUGGCUCCCAAAUUCCCUGUCUUCCAAACCAGCGACUAUGAGCUGUGGUUCCAAAUCAACCUGGUGGUCCUGCUGGCCAGCUUCCGUCCUUCAGUUCUGGUGGUGAUCCCCACCGACCUCACCUGUGACUCUUACAAAGCAAUAUUGAAAGGCCUGGAGAACGCUUUGGCGGUUCUCCCAUCUGGAGUUCGAGUGGAGCUGAAGUCAAGCAUAGACGAACUUCAAAAGUCACCACCAGAAGACUGCAAGCCUCCUCGCCCUGUCGGUUCCUGCAACGAAACAAUAGUGGACGAGGUGAGGCUGUGUGGAAGUGUCAACAGUGGUCAACUUGGGAGCCAGCCUCCUUCCUCGAACCAGCUGUGCGACUUCGGCAUCUCUGAUUAUGCCUGCUCUUCGGUCGCAUCAUCUCUUUCCUCUGACAACCUCGUCACACUGCUGACUUGCAAGGCGCCGAGCAGCAUGAACAGCAGCGCAGGGACGUGGAAGCUUUUCUUCCAGAAAGUCGCGGGAGUUCUGGAGGCUGCUCUGUCAGCGUACUCCAACAAAAACCUCAGUGACCAUCAGCCUGAGUCCCACGUUCUCGAUGCCAUUGGAGAGGUGAAAGUCAACAACUUCAGCGUCGCACAGCUGACAGAUGUCAGCUUCGUUACCGACUGGUUCCGGGGAAAGCUGAGACCAUUCUUGCCAGCAGUCUCCAGAGACUUCCUUUCCUGUCUUAGCUCCAAGAACUUCAGUUGCGACACGUACCAAGUUGUGGUGCAGGCUCUCAGCCGUCAAGCGUCCCUCAUGGAGGUGGGGAAACAACAGGUCGUCUUCACUGAUUUUAUCCAACCCUUCCUCUCGAGAGAUGACCUAACAGGUACUUAAAGUCCUAUCACUGUCCUGAGUUGCCAUCCGUCAUGCUGUAGUUCCCUAGGCAUCCUUCAACGUCUCGGCUUGUCACGGGUGUUUCGCCAGUUCAGUGGUGCUCUGUUUAAUUCCCCCAUUGUUCAUUCCAGAUCCUGCCUGUCUUGCCAAAACUACGAGCACCGCUGACUGGCUGGAGAAGAACUUUGGCAACUUCUCAGUCUACGCUACCUUGAAGGAUUUGCAAAAGCUGAAUGAAAAUGUCUCCAGCGUGAGUAAACUUUGGCUUGCUCCAGCUGCCCAUGUAAACUGUCAUCAUUUUACGAAUGUAUUUUUUGGUUUUGAGUGAACGGCCUCAUCUGUGAUAUAACAUCUGCUGUCCAUGUUGUGCUUCAGUUUGAAUCGUUGGAACUGCUGAGCCCUACCCAAGUAGCUGAACUGACACUGAGCUCCGGAGCGCUGAACGACACCAAUCAGAUCCACGCUGUGUUCGACCGCCUGGAGGAUGGCGACGCUUUCAAGAACGUGGAGG